CUUUCUUUCCUCUUUUAGUUUUUUUUCUUUCCUCGUCGUCUUCAAUGAAAUAAGCAGCAAAAAAUUCCUUAAAUCCUAACCCUUCUUCACCUAAAACCCUAAAACCAUGAAAAAUGACAACGAUCCCAUAGCAAUGGAAGCCCGAUCUGAUCAUUCAAAAAAUGCCCAAUAUAUUAAAACCCUAGUUCCAGGUCCUCUCUCUUCCUCUUCGCGAACCCUCCCUUCCAAUCAAGAAUUUAAUUUCUUUAACAACUUCGACAAUUUCAGACUCCCCAUCAAUCAAAUCGAUAAGACAUCGGAUUCUUUGCUGCAAAUCAUUGGCUCGUCGUCUAAAAACUCGGGCCCCAACAAUUCGAUCAAUUUCCCUAACAACAUUGACAGGAUAGCCGACGAUGAAGCUUAUCGUUGGCUCACUGGUAUGAACGACGGAAUCUUGGAACAAUUCAACGUUUCCGUCGACGAAUUUCAAAAGAUUCGAGAGAAAGAAGAGGAAAUGGGUUGCGUUGAUGGGUCGGAUCCGAGCAAUAACGGGUUUCAAUUGGUUCAGGGUAAUAAAAAAAAGAAAGGGGAUGGUGGUUUAACAAGAGACUCAGUUUGUGAGUCACCGAGUGGGAUGGAAGGUUGGAAUUCGAGUUCUUAUUCGGGAGUGAAGGUGAAGAAAGGGGCGUUGGCAGCGGUGACGACGGGGAAAGCGAAAGUUCCAUUCCAUAUACCUUCGAUAAGGAAGCCGCAGGAAGAGUAUAAUAUUCUUGUGAACAAUUCGAAUGAGCCUUUUGUACAUGUUUGGUUGCAGAAGACUGAGGAUGGGCAGCGUUUUGUUCAUCCAAUGGAAAAAGAAUCUGUUAUGGAUUUUGUGGAUAAAGAUAUAGCAGAUAUUGAGCCCAUAAUACCCCCAUCAAUUGAGUCUACCCCAUUCAAGCUGGUUGAGGAAGUAAAAGAUUUGAAAGAGUUAGCAGCUAAAUUACGCAGCGUGCAUGAGUUUGCGGUUGAUUUGGAGCAUAAUCAAUAUCGAUCUUUCCAAGGAUUGACUUGCUUGAUGCAAAUUUCUACCAGAACCGAGGAUUUUGUUGUAGAUGCUUUGAAGCUUCGAAUUCAUAUCGGUCCAUAUCUUAGGGAAAUAUUCAAAGAUCCCGCAAAAAAAAAGGUUAUGCAUGGAGCAGACAGGGAUCUUGGCUUCAACGGGACUUUGGCAUAUACUUGUGCAUCUCUUUGA